AUUGCGGGCUCCAACACAUACAUGUUCGUUUGCGCGUCUAUUUCUAUGAUUGCAGGUACUGAUAUCUGCUCGGUAUAACCGCGAUAGCCGUUAGUACACAGCCGCUGUCGGAAGAGUUGAAGCUCAGCCACCCCUAUACGCCUUUAAUAUGGUCUUGUUGCGACCAAAAAACUCCGUUUUCAAUCAUCCCACGUCGUUGGACCUGCUCUCAUGACUUUUUUUUUCGAAACAAUCGCAUUGACGGAUCACGCCACAAAAUCAUAAAAUAACACCGUUUGUGAAACCGAGGUAUCAGUCCCUAGCCUAACUAGUCGAUAGAGCUCAUGCAGGCCCUACUGCCUGAGACUGGUGAGGAACUACCUUGUACGCAAAAAAAGAAACAAAGCCGUUUGGGAAGUAUGCUUUCACUUAAAAAGCGUCGAAGAACAACAGGUGGUAUCAUUGCAUUUCAUCAUGGAAGCGCAAGUGCCUUUGUCAACGAACAUUACUGUGAUCGGGGGAGGACCUGCGGGGUCUUAUGCUGCCGCCGUUCUCGCAAGAGAGGGCUUCGAAGUCACGCUCCUCGAGAAAGAUGUCUUCCCUCGCUAUCACAUAGGAGAGAGCAUGCUCCCAUCCUGCCGUCCGUUCCUCAGAUUUAUCGACUUUGAGGAGAAGAUGAAAAACUACGGUUUCUUUCCAAAGCCCGGUGCUGCGCUCAAACUCAAUCAGGAUAAACGCGAAGGAUAUACCGAUUUCACCGCUAACGGCCCAGAUAACGCGGCUUGGAACGUGGUGCGAUCGGAAUUUGACGAUCUCCUUCUUCGCCAUGCAGCGGAAUUGGGCGUCCAUGUGCAUGAGGGUGUCCGAGUUGAGAAAAUCCAUUUUUCUCCUGACGAGCCUGCUCGUCCCGUUUCAUUGGCUUGGAGCAAAGUCGAUGGGACGCAGGGAGAUGUGUCCUUUAAUUGGCUUGUUGACGCUUCUGGGAGGAACGGAUUGAUGUCCACGAGAUACCUGAAGAAUAGGUCGUUCAACAAGUCUCUUAAGAACGUUGCUGUGUGGGGAUAUUGGACCGGUGCUGGACGUUACGCGCCUGGGACAAAAAGGGAGAACGCACCGUGGUUUGAGGCUUUGACUGAUGAAACGGGUUGGGCUUGGUUUAUUCCUCUUCACAACGGAGCUACCAGCGUUGGUGUUGUUCUGGCGGAAGACGAGAGCAAGCGCAAGAAAGCCCAGUACCGUUCAGAAUCGAAUGGGAAAUCGCUUUCGGAAGUACAGCAUGAUUGCUACAUGGCAGAUCUCCAACGAGCUCCAGGACUGAUUCAGCUACUGGGAGACGCGGAAUUUGAAGGGAAGCUUAUGUCUGCGGGUGACUAUAGCUAUCAUGCGUCGGAAUAUGCUGGUUCUCACUUUCGUAUCGCUGGGGAUGCGGGAGCUUUUAUUGACCCAUUCUUCUCAUCUGGUAUCCACCUGGCACUUACCGGCGGAUUGUCUGCAGCGAGUACCAUUGCCGCAUCCAUCAGAGGGAAUUGUACAGAAGCUGAGGCCUACGGGUUCCACAGCUCGAAAGUAGAAACCGCUUAUACACGGUUCCUCUUUGUUGUGCUCGGCAUCUAUAAGCAGAUACGGGCCCAGCAAACGGCUGUUCUGUACGAGGACGAAGAAGACAAUUUUGACAGGGCAAUCGAUUCUCUUAGACCUGUCAUUCAGGGUUGCGCGGAUGCCGAUGAAAAUCUCACGGAAGCGGAGCUUCAGAACACGCUGGAUUUCUGUAAAAGCGUCCUUGCGCCUAACCAACAGAAGGAAAAAGAAGGUGGUGCUCAACGACAGGGUAAUCUGGCAGAUCCAGAAGGGACGGACACAGGUGCUGUCGACAAGCUCGCCGGAGCAAACAUGGGAGCAAAGGGCACAGAGCCUGAAGUCGAUGGGAAGAAUCCACUAGAACUGAUGGACGACUGUAAGAGAAAUUUCGGAACGGAGAUCAUCAACGGGUUCUAUGUUAAGAUGGAACAAGGGAUGCUGGGUCUCGUGCGUGCAUAGCAUCCAUCCAAUUUUUUCUAUACAAAGUUUAGCCUGUAAAUGAAGAGUUAGGUAAAUCAAGGUACCUGUAUUAUAUAUUUAUAAGUUCGCUUUAUCGUCGAUUGAUCGUCUACAUGGAACAAGUUAACAACACCAUCUUGUCACUUGAGGUAUCUAGCCGGGAUACCGCAACUUUGCAAGCACUAGACUGCAUCCAUGUAUACGGUAGCGAUGCAAACACAUUUCGGGAUCUCACACUAUACUUACCGAUGAUGAGAUCUUUUCAUGAAGGACAUGGAUAAAGGUUUUAAAUGAGCGUAGGCGAUAAGAAGGAAUGACUGAGAUGAGCGGGUAUUGCAACUGAUGAGUUCCCUGUCAAAUGAGAUGAAUAUUAAUGAAUAGUCUCCUGCGCCGGGUGAGCCAAUCAGUUUACGAGGGAAGACGGAAAGAGCUA